CAGGGAGAUCCGCGAAGGUACGUCUUCACAAGAGCUACGCAGAUUCGCCAUUCCAAGGCGUAGCAUCGCGCCCGGUCGGAAUUGGAAUUGCUCACGAGAUGAUCGUCACGUUCGGCAGAGCGAGUUGCGGGGUUCCAUUGAAGAUCACGGCAGCUGAUCGGUCUUCCUGGAGCUCGUUGUCUCACUUGUUGUUGCGUCACUACGUGUACCACAGUCAACAAAGGUGAAAGGCUGGGUAGUCCAGCUUGCGCCAAUCCAUGUCGCUGCAUGGUUAUACGGUAUGACUCCUCUCCAAGGUUGCAUCCGAAGGGUUUCCGUUUGUACAAGCAACACAAGGAGGAUUGCUGCAUCAAACAACAGCUCCCACGGCUCCCACGGCUACCUAUGGCGACACAAAGCAGCUCUAUCUCCCCUCGUGGGACUCUGAUUGCAUCGCUUCCAUGCCAGCUACUGAAAUUCGUGAGUAGGCAAGCCACAGGAUCAAGUUUGAGCCUCCGACUUCAGUUCCGCGCCCAGCUCUUCUUCUCGGGCCAGCUUUUACCGAAUCAGAUCGGACGGCAAAUGGCGAUCAGUAAAGCUUCACCGAGCUUGAAGCUCGAAGCAGACCUAUCACAACGACAUGAGGGGGUAACUUGAACGAAAGAGGAAUCUGGGUAACUUUGCUCCACCACGAGUGAGGUACAAGACGUAGAAUAUUCCUAACCGGUAAAUCAUUCCUUUCCCCUCAAGCUUUCCUCGAAAUCUGGGUUCACAAUGUUCACCCUCGCUGGCUGGACAGCCUUGCUUGCAGGCUUGACCAUCCGUGCCUUGGCUCAAGACUACAGCACCUCGCCGCCACUCUAUCCGAGUCCGCCUACUCAAGGUACCGGCUGGGAGGCGGCAUUCGCGCAGGCUGAGGCAUUCGUCUCCAACCUGACUCUAGAGGAGAAGGCUCAGCUCGUGACUGGCACGUCAGGACCAUGUGUUGGCAACAUUGGCGCAGUUCCUCGACUCGGGUUUGAUGGUCUUUGUCUCCAAGAUGGUCCUUUAGCGAUCCGGCAAGCCACCUAUGCGUCAGUUUUCCCGGCCGGACUUACAACGGCUGCAUCAUGGGAUAGAAGCUUGAUGUACCUGAGAGGCCUGUACAUGGGCGGAGAGUUCAAGGGCAAAGGCAGCCACGUUGCUCUGGGCCCAGUUGUUGGACCGUUAGGUCGCGCAGCAUAUGGCGGCCGCAAUUGGGAAGGCUUUUCUCCUGAUCCUUACCUCACAGGCGUAGCAGCCGAGCAGACCAUUACGGGCAUGCAGCAAAGCGGCAUUCAAGCCUGUCUGAAACAUUACAUUGGCUACGAGCAAGAGUCACAACGCAAUCCGAGCCUCUCCGCGGACAAUGUCACGAUCGAAGCAGUCUCCUCCAACAUCGAUGACCGAACGAUCCACGAAUUGUACUUGUGGCCAUUUGCAAAUGGCGUGCGUGCGGGUGUCGCUUCGAUCAUGUGCUCCUACAACCGGCUCAAUGGAUCUUAUGCCUGCCAGAAUUCCAAGACCCAGAACGGGCUGUUGAAAGGAGAGCUCGGUUUCCAAGGAUGGAUUGUGAGUGACUGGGGAGGUACUCACGCCGGAGUGGCUUCUAUCAAUGCAGGACUCGAUAUGGAUAUGCCCGGCCCUCUCAGCUACAGUGGUGAUCAGAACUCGUCAUUCUUCGGCGGCAACGUAACGCAGGCGGUCAACAACGGCUCAGUCGCGGAGACCCGCGUCGACGACAUGGUGCGACGGAUCAUGACGCCGUAUUUCUACCUGCAACAGAAUCAGUAUCCUCCGAUCGAUGGCGAAGAGCCAGCCUUGAACUCGAACUUCCCGCCCUACGACUAUCAAUUCACCCUCGGCGCGGCCAACGUCGAAGUCCGUGACGGACAUGCUCAACUGAUCCGCGAGCUAGGCUCCGCCGGUACAGUGCUACUGAAGAACGUCAACAAUACCCUUCCCCUAUCGGCACCGCAAACUCUUGGUGUCUUUGGAAAUGACGCCGGCGAUGUGGUGGACGGGUUGUAUUUCUCCGGCUCUGCGUUUCAGAACCAAUAUGGCUAUGAAUAUGGCAACCUCCCUGUCGCAGGCGGCAGCGGCACAGGACGCAUGUCCUACCUCGUCUCUCCUCUCGAGGCCAUCAAAUCCCGCGCCACCCAAGAUGGAACGUUGGUCCAAUACAUCCUCAACAACACCCUAAUCAGCAGCGCGGGCGGCCUCAGCAGUAUUCUUCCCGUCCCGCAAAUCUGCCUCGUCUUCCUCAAGACCUGGGCUUCCGAGGGCUACGACCGCAUCGGCCUCGAGCCCGACUGGAAUAGCACGGGCGUCGUCAACUCGGUCGCAUCGCACUGCAACAACACAAUCGUCAUCACGAACUCGGCCGGUCUGAACGUGAUGCCCUGGGCCACUCAUCCCAACGUGACAGCCAUUCUCGCCGCCCACUUACCGGGCCAGGAAUCCGGCAACUCGAUCGUCGACGUCCUCUACGGGACCGUCAACCCGAGCGGGAAACUCCCCUACACAAUCGCCCUGAACGCGAGCGACUACAAUUUCGCGCCCAUCACGAACUCCACCACGCUCGUCGAGACCGAGGACCCAAAUUCCUGGCAGUCGAACUUCACCGAAGGCCUGCUCAUCGACUACCGCCACUUCGACUACUACAACCAAUCCGUCGCAUUCGAGUUCGGCUUCGGCCUGUCGUACACCACGUUUGACAUGAGCGGCAUCCAAAUCCAGAGUCACGCUGGCAACGGCAACGGCAGCGUCGGCGCUCUCCCACCCUCGAAUCCAAUCGUGCCCGGUGGCAACCCGUCGCUCUGGGAGGUCUUGUUCACUGUGAGCGUCACAGUCACAAACACAGGCGGACUCGCCGGCGCUGCAGUGCCGCAAGUCUACCUGUCACUGCCGCAGAUCCGCGGCGAAGACCCGACGCCCCUGAAUGUGCUGCGUGGCUUUGACAAGAUCAUGUUACAGCCCGGGGAGAGUCAAUCGGUGAAAUUCGAUCUGAUGAGAAGGGACUUGAGUUACUGGAAUACAAUGACGCAGCAGUGGAUGAUCCCUUCAGGUCCGAUAGGCGUGAAUGCAGGAUUCAGUAGUCGAGACUUCAGGCAAAAGACGCAGCUGACUGUUGUGACAUGAUGGCCAAUUCGUGCUGAAGAACAUCUGGCUUUGAAGUCCUAAGUUAAGCCCGGCCAGAUGAUGGGGACACGCUACAUUAAACGUUGCAAAUCAUAGAUAAUGAUAAUUCAUUAG